AGUCGUAGAUCUGGAGCUCUCACUGAACCUCCAUAGGAUUAGGAGUAAUUUAAUCUAGAUUUGUCACUUGAGUCGUGUAAACAUCGAACACCCUCGUUCGAACUUUGUUUAAGGAGGUGUCAAACGUGUAAAGUUAAUCGUUGUUCAAGAAUUCAAGUUGCAAUCAAUUUGAUUUCAACGCAAAUUUUCUCGCCGAAAAACACAACCUAAUUGUUUUGUAUGUUGUCAAAGCCAGAUCGAGAUUGGCUAUCCUGUUGUGUAUGAAUAUCCAUACAAUUACCUUGUCCUCUGGUGUACAAAGAGACUUCCAAACCAAUUUAUUCCAAUUUACCUUCCUACUCUUAUGUCGAAUGACCUCCCAAACUAUUGUCACAUAAAACUUCUCCAUGAUUUUACCAUUCCAGUAUACACCAUCAGAUCUAACCUGAAAAUGAGUUGCAGCCAGACUUUUGGUUUUUAACACCUUUCUCCAAGCUCAAGAGCAGUUGAUUGUUGAGGAGAUAUCUCAUAUCGAGGUAAAUGUCAGUUGGUAGUUACAGACCCAAUUAAUUAGCCACAGAGAAGAGGAGUUCGAGAUAACCAAUUAACCAGAGCUAUUACACAAGAAUUCAUUAACAGCGAGCAAUCAGAGCUAUUACCAACAUAAAAAAAAAUCAUUAAUGAGGCCCUAGAGAUAUGGUAGUAACGACGACAUUAUGGAUUACUAUACUGAUUAUUGCAACAAACUUUUCAGAUGGAAGAAAUAAUAAUGUUAUCUUUGUUUUUUUUUUUACCGAAUGAAUGAUAUUGAAUUUUAGGUAUUUUAGCACAAUUAAGCAUAUCACCCACGAUAGGGGUUAUCAUCCCUUUUUUAGUCAUUACCAACUCUCUUUAUUCAAUUUUUCCUGUCUUUGACAACUUUCUGUACCUACCCAAAUAAUGGAAUGUUGCAAUAUAUCUAAAAAGGUAAACAAGGCAUUUGGAGUCUUUUCAUUGACUGACUUUAAAGUCAUUUUAAAUUCGGAGGUCGCUAACAUUAUUAUUUAUUUUAGAGAAGCUAACCCACGUUUGGAUCAACUUGCUAAGAUAGUUGGGAACUUAUAGAAUUUAUUUUUUUCUUUCGUGAACAGUGGACUUUCAUACAUACAAAUUCAUAUUAACUGAUUAAUAUACAUAUAACUAAGGCAAAAUACAGCUGUAUAUCCACAACUAUCAGGUUUGUGACAAAUAUAUCCACAACUAUCGAAAUACACGAAAUAUCCAAAAAUCGGAAGGUUGUGUGACAAAUCUAUCCACUUCCAUCUGAAACUAUAACGGCGUGUCAGACGACGUUAAAUUGACUAACAGAAUGCUGAAUCGAUGCCACCUCACCUGACACAUAAGCCAAAAAGCAACCAAACUUUACACGUAGAUACCAAAUAGGCUAGUUGAAUAAAGGCAAAAUACAGUUGUAUAUCCACAACUAUCAGGUUUGUGACAAAUAUAUCCACCACUAUAAAGUUUGUGACAAAUAUAUCCACAACUAUCGAAAUAGAUGAAAUAUCCUUUUUCGUCCACUCCGUUAAUUAAUUUUGUGUGCGUAAUCGCCUGCCGCAGCUUACAGCAGUGUAGUGGGAUCGGCGAGGGAAGAGAUCGUUGAAGUUGACCAUUAAAAUAUGACGGUGAAGACGACGAUGAAUGACGACGGCGCAUUCGUGCCGCGGCUCUUCGACGGCGUUGACAGCACCACGGCCGUGGUGCCUUCGUCCCGCACCAUCCUUAGGGCCACAGGCUGCUCACUUACUUGGUCCUUCACCUACGACAGCGCUAAGGGCAACGCCGACAUUAACAACCUCAAGAAUGUGAUGCAGACUGCGUUUCAGGAUUUGGACGACUACCUCAGGAGGGGACGUGGCAAUCGCCGAUGAACAAGACUGCCUUUCAUUGUCGACCAGGCCAUCGAUGGAUAAUGUUGUUGCCUUGCUCUCUCAUCGUUCCCCUCCUACUAUAAUAAGACGGUCUACUCCAUUGAUCCUCUUGUGUUGUAGACCGUCUUUUGUUUCGUAUUGUGUUGGGUUUUUUUUAUCUUAUUGUAUCCAUGUUGUUUAAUUUCUCUAUGUCUUUCAUUUCGUUCGAUUCCCUGUGUUUCUUUCCUGAGUUUUAAUUGUCUAUGCUUGAAAUAAAGUUUUCCCGUGUUGUGUUGUGUCGUGUCGUGCAAGCUCCGGCCAAUCCCUCCUAAUUGUUCCGUAUGUUUUCAAAACCGUAUUAGUCGAAGCACGAGAGCAAUAUGAGUUAGCUGGCCAAUUGAACUUUUGAGCAGAGUGUAAAAGGGGUAAAUUCUACGCCUUACGGUAUUUAAGUUUUUGAGAUUGACCGCUAUGUAUAAUACUUGCCUUUGUAUGUGUAUAUGAUGCAUUGUGAUUUCAUAUUAUGCUUUCAGUUCUGUAUUAUUGCAUGCUUUACUUACAAGUAACUUCAAGUUUAAGAAACAAGUGUUCUUUAAAGAAGUACUUCACCUUCAGUGAAGGUGAAGUAAGUUUAAGAGCUUUUAGUCCCUGACGCCAGUUCAUUUCCGUUUGAGACUUUUAAGACAAGCAGCAAUUAUGCUCGUGAUAUUUUUAAAAUGAGCAACAGUAAUCCUCUUGAGAAUCGUGGUGAAGAGCCACCACAAUAAGUUUAAGUUUAAGGAAAGCCUGGAUGGGUUCUCAUACCUAUGAGUUGGGAAACCAGACUAGCUAAUCCACGUGUCAGUCAAGAAUUUAAGUUGAAAUUUGAGUUUUAAGAACACAGUUUUAAGAGCUAAGUUUUUUAAUAGUGGAAGUAAAAAACAACUUCCAACGAGUUAAGUAAAGUGAUUAAGUAUUAAUAAAAUUUUAAAUGUAAGGGUAUAAACUUACCCCAACUCACUCACCAGUUUGAAGAGGAGGAGAAACUAGAGGAACCAUUAGAGAGCAGCGAGAUCGAGAGUAACGGUUCGAGCGAAGCCAGCUAAAGGGGGAUGGUACGAUGCGUCACGUAGGAUGCCUCGUCAAGGUUUUCAUUAAGCAACGACAACGUUAGAGAACUUUUAGUUAUUUCAAUUUAUGAUUAUGAGUAUAGACUAGAGACUCUUAUUAACUUUUUAUGGUUGAGUAUGGCCCAAGUGUUAGGGCUUUGUUUUAAGAAAUUACAGUUUAUUCUCAGUAUUUGUUAAAGUUAUUUAUGAAAUAUUUUUUGCUAUUUUUUCCAAGUAUUUUCAGUUCUGAUUUGUUUCACAGUUUGAAAAGGGUAUUUUAGUAAAAUUUAGUACCUGGUCGGGUUAGGGUGUGACAUACUCUCUCCUCAAUCGGCAAAUUCAGAACUUGUUCCCAGACAAACUGGACAUCCAUCCCAUCAGUGGAAAAUAAUGAGGAAUAGAAGUCACUGGCAAUGGUGGCCUUUCCAUCCUCCUCCAUCACCCAUAAACCAUCCGGAGCAUAUAAUCCAGAGAUAAAGUUUCUCUUUCGGCGUGUCCGAGUCACCAGAUGGAGGUAGGACGAGUUUUUAUCACCACCCUGUCACCAAUCCACCCUGGAUUUCUGUUUCCAAUAUAUUCUCCAGAGUGCGAAUAUGUCUGGCUGAGUUUGAGGUCCCGCCUUUUGCCUAGUCAUAUAGCGAAUGAUGCAACUUUUUCAACUUACACCACAACCCACUACAAGAAACUGCACUUUUUGCG